AUGGCGACCCCGAUGCCUUCUCAGCAAACUAGUCGCACCUCGACCACUGCAUUUUCUCAGCAGCCGACAUUGAUUGGAAUCACAUCUCCACCACCACGUGCUGUUGGAUCCGCCCUUGACCGAGCCAUCAUCCAAUUCCGCAAUCGACUCAAUGGCACAGAACUUAUGGAGUUCAAGGGGACUACGCACGACAACCUGUGCGAAGAGCUUCUCAAAGUUCAAGAGAGGCAAGAGGCUCGCUUGGAGACGAUGAAUCUUGCUCGCAUCAAACAUUGUCUCGAAGCGAUGCACCAAUUUGGCCAAGUCAUCGAGAUCUUCCUCAAUGUUUCGGAUGCAGUCGCGUUCGUCUGGGGCCCGAUGAAGUUCCUCUUGUUGACAGCAAGCACGUUCGCGGACUCUUUUGAUUUGCUUUUGGAUGCGUACGAAAGGAUUGGCGAGCAACUACCUUUGUUAGCAGAAUAUCACUCAUUGUUCAGCAACUCACCUCACAUGAUUGAUGCCUUAGAGUUAAUUUAUAUCGACAUACUGGACUUCCACCAACAAGCGUGCAAGUUCUUCUCCGGCAGAUUGUGGGUUCGGUUUUUCAAGUCGAUGUGGAAGAACUUCCAUACCAGGUUCGAUGGGAUUCUAAGCAGUCUUCGCCGUCACAAAGACAUUGUAGAAUGCCGUGCUAACCUCGUCCAAUACCGCAUCUACCAAGAUGAUGUUGCAAGUUUCAAAGCAAAGCUCGAGGAAAGCGUUAUGCGAGAAGAAACCAAGAACCUAAUGAUUGUCAAGGAAUGGCUCAGUGUAGGAGAGUUACCCCAACUUGAUCAUGCUAGCUACUGCAAAGUUCGAGCAGAUCAUGCUACUACGACCAAGUGGAUAUCGCAGCACAAAACUGUCAAACAUUGGAUACACGCCGAUAUACCGAGAAGCCCAGUCGUCUGGAUGUAUGGAAUCCCUGGUGCUGGAAAGACAAUACUAUCAUCGGCGAUCAUUGACGAGUGCAAAACUCGAUCAGACUUCAUGACUUGCUAUUUUUAUUGCCACGAUGGCGAUCCAACGAGUAGCACUGCAGUCGGUAUAUUGAAGGGACUCGCUGACCAACUGUUGGAUCAAUACCCGGACAUGUUGCCUCCUUGUUUCACAAGACGUAGAGCGAGCGGAGAGCCAUCUCUGAGGUCAAUCAUCCACGCGAAGAAGCUCCUAGAGGACUUCUGUAAUACCAUACCGAAACUCUUCAUCGUCAUCGAUGGAUUGGAUGAAUGCGAGAAAGCAGAAAGGAAUCAAGUGCUGGACAUCUUGACUGAAGUCGUAGGGUUCCGUGACACGGUCGACCCAGGCACACUUCGUCUUCUCGUUGCUAGCCAAGAUCUUGUUGAUAUCAGAAAAGGCUUGAAAAGCUCUGCAGCCACCAAGGUCGCACCAACCAUUUUACGAAUCUCCGAGACGGAUAACGAAGGUGAUAUCCGAGCUUUCACCAGAUUAUGGGUAGAUAAGAUCGCGUCAAAAUUCCCGCCAUUUUCAGAGGACAUGAAAGAAUACCUUCAGAAUCUUACAGUAGUCAAUGCAAAAGGCAUGUUUCUCUACGCCAAGCUUGUAUUAGUUGACUUUUAUGCUUCGACUACAUUAGCAGAGCUCAAAGACGCUAUCAAGACCGAGAACUUUCCACUUGAGCUUGCAGACGCAUACGAGCGAAUCCUGAGACGCAUCAAAACUACAUCUGGCAGGGGUUGGCCGAAAGCAAAGAAGCUGCUUGGAUGGCUCACAUGGAAAGAGAUGCAAGUUGCGCUUUCGAUCGAUUCAGAGAGGCAGAUCAUUGAUUACGAGAACCAGCGGGUACGCGAUCACAUUUAUGUCACUUGCGGCUCAUUGGUAUUCGUUAGUGGGGAUCGCGUUUCCCUCGUUCAUAGCACUGCGAAGACGUACAUCACUACCAUCACCAAAGACAUACAUGAGCCAUCCAUCGAGUGCGAGCUUGCGACACUAUGUAUGCAAUACUUGACCUUCCCCUGUUUCGAUGUCGACAAUCCUGACGAUGUUGUGCAACGACGACGGUUUGCAUUGGAUGGGUCACUCGCGUUCCAAGACUAUGCGAUUGCGAAAUGGUUUCACCACGUCAAUGCGUGGGUAUCAAGUGGCACAAAGUUCCUUGAAGAAGCGCCGGAUCGGAUAAUACUACAAGAUGACAUCCUCCAUGCCAUGAGAGAGUUCAUGAUGCGUUAUAGUGAGGUGGACUGGGCGAAAGGACUUGUCGAUGACUGCAAAAACAAAUGCAGGGUGUUUGAACAUCUCGAUCUAUACGAGCAUGUUGUGCAGCUUACUAGCCAUAUCUACACAUUUCAACAGAAAGGCUUCGAGGCACAACACAAGAUCAGCAUCGGCGAUCUUUCGGAGGCCUUGAUUCGGAACCGGAAGAUACUUGAGGAGUUUCACAAAGCCAAACCUGGUCCGACAGCAGAAGAGAAGACAACGUACAGUAGAUUCUACAACGAGAAACGACGUUUCAAAUGCACACGGAUUACCUGCCGAUACUUCUCUGAAGGAUUCAAAGACGAGAAAUCUCGUAAGCGGCAUGUCAACAUUCACGAAAGGCCAUACCAAUGCGAGAUACCAGACUGUGUGGGCGCGGAAGGCUUUGUGAAUGCAAAAGAUCUCGAGAAACACACUCGGACAUUUCAUCCAGAGAAGAGUGAUUUGGCGGAGACCUAA